GGUCAGGUUCAGGAGGGUAGGCUGAUCUCCGGCUGGCAAGACCUUCUAAUGUAGGUGAACCACCCUAACGGGGCCAGUCGGUAAGGACGGUGUCAUUCAGGGUCUUGUGAGUCGGGUGCAAUCACAACAACGAUCAAGUGCCUCCCGACUGCUGGGUUAUUUACAGUUGGAGGGUUUACCCAGCGGUCUAUUCUUAGGGUAGGUACGACUCUUCAGUAGCUGCUCGCACAAGACGGAUUUCGGUGAAGGAGACCAAAGCAGACUUCACGGGUAUCCGCGGGUAUCGGGUGGUCAGUGAUGCCGGCGGGAGGACCUGUGCGGCUUUCUUUGAUCUGGUACGUGUGGCUCGUCGCUGGCUCUCACCUGAGAUGCUGGUCAGUGGGUACGGAGGGACCUUGCGGUGGAGACGUGGAGCGUUUGUGCAACUUUACGAAUGAACUGGACUCUGCUGGGAACUUGAAGCUGGCGUGUGAGUGUGGAGACAGUAAAGACUCAAAGACAAGGAAGAUAAAAAGGUUCGUCAUUGCAUUUCAAGGAGGUCGACAUUCCCACAGGGACAUUGCCAAGCUCGAAGAUGGUUGCUUUAAGCCCGACGCUGGGAAAGUGGAGAAAAUCUUUCCGGACUGCGAUUGCUGCAAAGACAGUCGGCAAUUCUCGGUGAGACUUCUGGACCCAGAGGAUUGUGACGAUGGAACUUACACCUGCAUCAUCACCUUUCCACAAAGGGAUGGGGACCUUGAUUGCAACAAAACACUGCAAUGGCAAGCACCAAGAACGACGCCCACCACCACACAGCUGGUGAUUACAUCAGAAGAAACCACUGCGGUACCUCGAGCAGAAAACAUAAGAAAAUCUGACGAAAACGAUCAGCCAUCUUCAUCAGUUCUCAUCAUUGUUAUCGCUGUGGCAGUUGUCGUCAUCAUCAUCGUUAUUGUCAUUGUGUUCAUUAACAGAAGAUGCCGGCGUCUUAACCACCAUCCUGUCAACAAUCGUUCGGAAGAUGAAGACCACCAAUUAGUCACGCAUCUGGACGUCAACGCCAAUGACGAUAUGAAGGAGGUGGAUGAGAUGAAAGUCAGGGGCUACAACCGAGCUCGAGACAGGGCGAGACGGGACCAUCGUGUGGAUGACCUGGACAACACCUUGCUGCUAGAAACCUUGAGGUGCCAGUGCCAGACAACGCUGGGUGACACCAUGAGGAACGAGGUGCGUCUAGUGUCACCGGAAACCCUCGCGAGUUUCUGCGAGUUUUGUGGGAGGGGGAAACGGCGAGGUGAGGGCUGCGGGGGCCGAGGCAAGGAGCAGGUGGAUAAGAAAGAUGACAAGAGCUUGUCAGGUGUGGCGACCCUUAUUGAGACACCUGCAGUUCUGUCAUCAGCAGGCAAUAAUACGAAAACAACCGCCGUCCACAAGUGUAGUCAAGCGACUGCACACAUUUGUCCACCAGGUCCUUCACCUGGAAGUGUAACUGGCGACUUUCCUGGAAGUCAAUGUAAUCAUUGCACCGGUCGAGGAUGUCCACAGCACGUCACGGACCGACAUUCGCUGGGACAGGGAGCGUGCCAGGUGAAAGCGGAUAAAACACAGGACAAAGGUCACACCUGCCCGCCGCUGCCAUCAGGCAGACUUCACGAUCUCACCAAGACCGCGCCAUGCUGUACACACACCAAGAAACCCACUGGCCGUCACGACCGGCAUCUUCUGCCAAACACUGCGCAUGCGCUGCCGGAAGGAGACUCCGCGGUAGCUCAUCGGGAACUCGGGAUCGAUUCCGCAUGUGUCACUCAUGGAUGGUUUUCAAACAGACAUGCGACAGAACGAGAGCUCUUCGUCGAAGCCGCUUUGGAGGCUGCCCUGAAUGCUGCUCCUCCGCUAGUAGCCUCACAAGAUUUGUCGCACCAUGAGCCAUCUCGCGCCAAGGGGAAAAACUCUGAACACACCUCGUCCUCAGUACAGCACGCAGUUACGCCCCGUAACACUUGCUGCAUCGGAGGUUCGUGUGAGGCGACGACGCACAGCCAAGGUAGCAAAGUUGAUGACGACACUGGUGAUGAUCGUUUGCAUACCCAGCUUGGACUUCGCCCUCCCGCUCCCUGUCAUCAUCACUGCUGUUGUCAACACAGAGGUUUCAGAGAUUCCCGUCCUCCCAGCAGCGACACGACCGACUUAUCCAGCCACGACAACGAGGAAGAAAAGCGCCUAAAGGGAGGAUGCCGGGAGGAUGAACCAGCUGACUGGGACACCAUGGACAAGAACAGAAAUGAGAGCAUCCAGACACCAGGCAUGUCCCGAGGAGAUGCUGCCCGUAGAAAACGGAGCCCGAUCCCCAGCGCUGGCAGGGCGACCACGUCGCUGAACUCGCAGACGUUGCUGGAAGCGGACGGGGCGCACAACAACAACAACAACAACAACAACAACAACAACAACAACAACAACAACAACUCGCACGAGGUGCAGCUCCGUGACAAGGAGACGCAGUGCAAGCGCCCCGUGUCUGCCAAGGGCGACAAUCUGGGAUUACCGGUGACGUGCGCCUCCGACGACUUCGCGCAGCGCGACGGUCAGGUGGAGGUCAACGACCAUGACCCCCCAACGGCAGCGGCCGUGAUCGGACGCGUGCAGCGGACCGAGUCGGGUCGUUCCGACCCACGUCUGCUCAGCUCCAAGCGCGGGGUUAACCCCCAGGCGAGUCGAGGUCACAAGCCUCGACUUCGACAGCUGAACGUCACCGUGCACCCCGGCUCCGACUCGAUCGAGACCCGAGGCAGCUCGACCAGGUCACAACAGUCAGAUCGCCCACCUUCCUCUUUCUCUUCUGUUGGCUCCAGACACAGCACCAGCCUCAAGGUGCCACUGAGUACCACGUGAUGAUGUUGACAGCACGCGGUCUUCUGUUGACUCUACUCCUUACAUCGGUUCUCUAAGGAAAUGCAUCCUUCACAAUGGCGUCUGGAUUUUUACAUUCACACCAGAACUUGAGUAGCAGGAAAAUUGAAAAAACGAGAAACAUUUAGAGUUCUGCUCCAGUUGUUAAGUUUUAACAUGUCUUAGUUUCUUUGUAUCGGUUUGGAAUUUAAGAUAUUUAUUAUGUAUGGAAAGAAGAUGCUGACUUCUGUACAAGUAACCACACCAAUGAAGAGUGCGAGCACUGCACAUAUAACAAAAAGCGAGAAUACUCAUGUAAACCAGCCCUGCAAAGAAGUCAAGAAGUGUCAAUUUUAUUGCGAUUUUUUUUUUCUGGACAGAUAAAUGAGAAUUUGACAAUUGACAAAUCUUUGUUUACGAGGGAAACAUAAUUAGCAAACGUUUGGGGCUGUUUUUUCUGUACAUCUAGCCCUCGAUCUAAGUGGAAGAAACUGAAACACUACAUUGCUACAAGACAAAUACAUUUAAAUCACACUAGAGAAAUGAUAUGUUCGAAGAUGGGGGUUCAUGACAGGGAUUGGGAAGGGAUUGGGACAAUAAUAAUUAUAAAUAAACAAAACUAUCGCGACUAAGCAAAUCACUGGAUUAUAAGAAAAAACUAAUGAAGUUGUACAAAGUAGAUUUAAUUCUGACCACAGCUCGUUUUGCACAGGCAGCCAUCGCGAACACCUGUAUAGAGGAUUGAAGUGACUGCUGGGUGUGUGUGAGAGAGAGAAAGAAAGAGGGAAAGAAAGAGGGAAAAUGAGGGAGAAAGAGAGUGUGUGUGCUCUGUCUUUCUGUUUUGUGCUGUUGGGAUGUUGAAAAGUGUCACUGCCCCAAAGCAGCCAUCUUUAGUUUGUAUGCCAUAACCUUUGACCCUAUGCAGUCGGGGGCCUUCAAGGUAAAUGCAGACAUUCUGAAAUUUUCAUCACUUUGCUCGGGUCCAUAGCAUCCUAUAAGGAGGCUUUUCUUUCAUCUCCCAUGCCUUGUUUCUAGCUUAUUGCUUUUUUUCUAUUGUUCAACUGUAGUAAUUGAAUAUGUGCAGUGUACAGGUUGUAAUACAUUUUGUCAUCUAA